AUGAUUAAGACUGAAGCUUAUCAAGAUUUGGGUGUAAUAAACCCACUUGAAUCUUUAGUUGAACGUACAAAUAAGUUCCUUUAUGGUUUAUGGUAUAAUAAACAUAUUACACAAAAACAAUAUGAGAAAUUAAAGGUUAAUCAAGAAGAGGCUGAAUUAGCCCACCUUUAUUUCUUACCGAAAGCACAUAAACCAGGAACACCAUUAAGACCUAUAAUGUCUGGUCUCAAAUCUCCAACCAUUGCCAUAUCGAAAUGGUUAGAUAGUUUAUUAAGACCUCUUUUCGAUCGAUUAGCAUCUGAAACAGCUGUAUUGAAUGGGGUUCAAUUAAUAAAACAAGUUGAGAGAUGGUCGGAUAAAUAUCUUACACCAGCCACAUCAUUCAUAACAAUGGAUGUUACUGAUUUGUAUACAAUGAUUCCUCAAGAAGGAGGAGUAACAGCCAUAAAAAGAUUAAUUGAAACAUCUGGUUUAAAACAAAUCGAUGGUGUUAAAAAAGAGAUUAUAUUAGCUCUUACCAGAUUUGUUAUAACAAAUAAUUAUUUCUAUCUUGAUGGGUCAUAUUAUAAACAAAUAAAAGGAGGCGCAAUGGGCUCGCCACUCACCCUCACUAUAGCAAAUACAUACAUGUACUUUGUUGAACGUCCAAUAUUCAAAUGGGCUCAAAGAACAUGUUCAUUAUAUUAUAGAUAUAUAGAUGAUUUAUUUAUCAUGUCAAAUGUACAUGCAGAUAUAUUAAAAGGUCUUGUAAAAUUCUGGAAUAGACUUGAUAAUAAUAUCGUAUUUUCAGAAUUCAUAGGACAUACUGCAGAGUACCUUGAUGUUAAAUUAGAGAACAGAGGAGGAAAAUUGGUAUCUGAAGUUUACUAUAAACCAUCAUACGAACCAUAUUUCCUCCCUUUCACAAGCAUACAUGCACAACAUAUAAAAAAGAAUAUUCCUUAUGUAGCUCUUGUUCGAGCAAUAAGAUAUUCUUCAAGUUAUGAUACAUUUAAACGUGAAGAAACUCAUAUAUGUAUGUCAUUGCUUUUAAAUAAAUAUCCAAUACAAUUUGUACUUGAACAAUUUGAAAGAGUUUUACAAACAUUUCAAUGUGCGGUGCCAACAAAAAAGAAUUAUUCUGAAAUAAGAAGAAUCUUUUUAAAUGCCGCAGAUAAUGAUGAAAAGAAGGCUGAAAUUGAUUUCAAGGUCAAUAUUUUUUGUCAUUUCUCUUUUUCAAAAGGAAUGCAAGAUUUUCCGACCAGAUUUCAUCAACUCUGGAAUAAUUGUUUUUCAGAUACAGCCAUUUGUCAUAUGAAACCAAUUCUCGGUUCUAGAAGAUUAGAUAAUCUUCAAGAUUAUCUUGUUAGAAAGAAACCAGACAAAUCUCUACUAAAAAUUAAUCAACCACUUACUUAA